UGUACUUAUUGACUGUAGCCCAGGUCGUCGUCGUUUGUUUCCAUCGCAGAUUUUCAGAUGACCCUUCUGAGCCUUUCUGUAGUGGUUCAAGCUACUGUUUCAUAUCUCGUCAUUGGUGCCGUUUGGAAGCUAUAUUUCCACCCGCUAGCAAAUUUUCCAGGUCCAAAGCUUGCAGCUUUGACGCGACUUUAUCAGGCUUAUUAUGACAUUGUCAAGGACGGCUCUCUGGUUAACCAUCUGUGGAUCUUGCACAGAAAAUACGGUCCUGUCGUAAGGAUCGGGCCUAACGAGCUUCACUUUUGCCAUCCCAAGGCGUAUGAAGAUAUAUACAGCGUCGGGUCCAAGUUCACGAAGGAUCCUCACUUCUACAGGGCGUUCGACGUUAAGCUUGCUUCGUUUGGUAUCACUGACCCUCAGCAAGCAAAGGCGCAGAGAGAGGCCCUUCGGCCCGCCUUCUCGCGUCGUCAAAUUCUGAAGUUGGAAGGACUCAUGCAGCAAAAGGUAGACACGCUGGUUGAUCGAUUACUGGCUCCUGAGCACCAUGAAAAGCCUGUAAACAUGAAGUUUGCGUUUCGCGCCACGACCAUGGAUCUCGUCACAGAUUACUGUUUCGGCCAGUCUUUCGGCCCACUCCAAUAUCCAAACUUUUCUCAUCCCCUGGUACUUAGCCUGGAAGAAUUGACUCCUAUCCUUUCCAUCUUCAAGCACUUCUACAUCUCUUCAUACCUCGUCAAAAUUCCUGACUGGAUUGCAUUAAGGCUUAAUCCAUCGUCUUCCGCAUUCAUUCACAUGCGCAGAGACAUGGAGGCAAAAAUCAGCAAACUCCUCACUAACCCGCAUAUGCUCGAGAAAGUGGACGAUCAGGAGACCAUAUAUCAUUUCCUGAUGAACCCGGAGAAGGGCCCAGCAGUCAGUGACAAAGGUCUUUUUGAAGAAGCCGGGAACCUGCUUUUCGCAGGGACUGACACUGUGUCUAAUACCUGUGUCGUCGGAACUUAUUGGAUCCUCAGGAACGUUGAUAUUCGCACAAAGUUGGUGGAGGAGCUGAGAGACGCAUGGCCAGAAAAGGAUUCAAAAGUUGGCUACGAAACACUUGAAAAGCUGCCUUACCUUACGGCUGUGAUAAAAGAAUCACUCCGCCUUUCCAUGGGCAUACCUGUUGGUUUGCCAAGGAUUGUGGGACCUCCUGGAACGACAGCGAGCAUCAUGGGUAUGAGUGUGCCGGCAGGGACAAGCGUUUCGAUGGGAGCCACUUUCAUGCAUCUCAAUGGCGACUUAUUCGACAACCCUCACGAAUUCAGGCCUGAGCGAUGGCUGCAGGGAAACGGGCACGCGCUUGAUAGCAGCUUGGUGUCGUUUUCGCGCGGGCCUCGUAGUUGUAUCGGUGUCAAUCUUGCAUGGUGUCAGCUAUAUCUUAUCUUUGCUAACUUGUUCAGGAAGACCACUCUUGAGAUAUACGACACAAGCGACGAGGACAUGAAGCCACGAAGUCAUUUCGUACUCAUGUGGCCUGGUAAACCACUGCGUGUUGUCGUAAAGGACACCACUGACUAGGACAAUGUGGACGAUAUAUUAUCCUUGUUGGGAGAUUUGUUGUAAUAACAUUUUGGGGAUAUUUAUCACCAUCCUUGCUAUCCACUACUAUUUCUGUUGACUAAAGUGUAUUUUUUCUUCACGUCAAUUAUGCUUUUUGGCCCUUUUGUACAGAUAUCGAUCGCGUCUAAUACGACGCAUCUCUAAAAGUGAACACUACAUAACUUACGCUUUUG